AUGGAGUUUGAAAUGGAGCAGCGGGCGCUAAUGUGCUCGUUGUGCGAGUUCGUAGACGCUCUUCGCGAUAUUGAAAGGACGGAAGACGUUGAUAGUGCAAACAAGGAUGUCGUGAAGGCCGUGCGUGUGCUCUGUGCGUCUUCCAAGCCGCUAACAAGCGUCUUGUGGCACGAAGAAGCAUGGAGACGCGGUCUCGUGCCGACUUUUCAGCGUUUAUAUCUCUGUAUGAAGCGUCUCGAUGAUCGUGAGAUGGAGGAAAAGAAGGAGAAAGGGCAAGGAUUGACGAUGCAAGAGGAGACGCCAAAAGCACCCGCAGGACUGUUGAGUUUGCGGGACUAUUCGGUGCUACAGGCGGCGGUGGAGUUGCUGUUCUGCUGGGGCGCGUACCCUCGCGUGGCUACAGGUGUGCUACUAUCUAUUGAGAAGAGAAAACCUACACGCACUCUGUCAAUUUCUACAAAUGUGCUUUCGUGGGGGUACCGUGAGUAUUGUGCUCGACAUAUUCUUGAAGAAAAGGAUGUUCAGAGUGAAGAAAGGAUACGUGAGCUGCUGGCUAUAACGCAGGUGGUGCUGCAGUUGCUGUCGCUACCACAGUUUCAACCAGUUCUGCUGCCCAAGUACGUGGUAGAGCUGCUAGCUUUACUUGUGUACGGAGAAGUUGCGGUGGAUACGAAUGCAGUAUCAUCUGUCCGGACAGAGUUCACGCGACUGCAGGAAAUGAUGUUACGUACACUACCGCUGCGCAUAAGUAUGAGCAGUCUGCGUGCGGCACUUGGCCAGACCACUCCUGCGGUGAGUGGCCACGCGGUAGGUCAGCGGUUUAAAGCACGUUGCGGCAGCUUAUUGUCUCGGUUACUGAUGGAGGAAGGGGGGAUUGUGGCUACGAUUGAAACGUUGCUUGGAGGGGUAGACGAGGGGAACACGCAAGCUAGAAUGCAGGUCGCUACUCUUAUUUGUCAGUGUCCGAGCGGUGAAGACCCUGAAAAGUACGUGAUCGCUUUAUGCACACAAGUGCGCGAGCUGCUACUUGCAGCCGUGACACCUGGAAGUGGCCACACUUGCAGCAAACUACUCGGCGAAAUGGCGGCGUUGCUUGCCGAUCAGGUAGCGACACGCCAUCCGGGGCUUUUUGACACCCACAUUCUGUCCGCAUUGUUCCACCCGUUGCUGAUCUAUGAGGAUAGUCGGCCAGAUGCGAUCGUCUCGGCCGGAGAGACGAAUGAAGAAGCUUUGACGCACUGUGUGGGUAUCACUCGACUGCUCGUUUGCGGCCCGCCUCCGUCUCGACAACUUUUGCAAGCGCUCACCCCUAUUGUUCGCCCUAUUGUGCACAUGUACGCAUUUGCUGCAGUAAGCAAGAGCUUUUUGGCAUCACCUUUGCGUGCAGUGCUGACUGCGUGGAUUCACUCGUGCUCAAGUGCUGCGCUUCUUCUCCAAUUCGUGUUGCUUCCAGUAACUUUGCCCCUGCCGCCGACCUUAAUGGCUUGCGGAUAUGAACGAAACCAUGCCGAAGAGUUGUGGAGACCACUGCGGCAAUUUUGUGCUGGAGGGGGUGGCGGCAUAUCGCUGAGACUCAUUCAGUCUUCUGCCUCGCUGACAGAAAACGAGCCAGACAACGCAACAGAGUCACUAAAAGCGAUGAUAAUGCCUCUGGUGGGGCUGCUAGGUGACAAGAAGCUUGAGACAUCAGAGGUGGUAGGCGAUCUCUUUUCAUCGCUCCUAUUGACAUACAUGAACGUCCGGAAACACGGUGGAGCAGCAGUUAUCGAUUUGAACGCCCGGAAAGGUAGUGUAGCGUCGGGACUAGCGUUUCGUGAACCAAAAACGAUCCCUAUGACUGCCAAAAGUAUCGAGAUCGUGUUAAUGCUGCUAAUGGCCCUCAUCGAGUGCUUGGGACCAUCCGUGCUACGCAGCGCUGUUACAGUACUGCAGUGCGUUGGCACUGUAUUAGAGACGUACAACACUCCUGUGACGCCUUCCGUGGACAAAAUGCAACAAACUGGCAGCGUUGUACAUGAUGAUGACAGUGAUGGUGAGGAAGAAAAAGGGGAUGAGAUUCUGACAGUGUGCUUAGGUGUAGUGAUGACCAUUCUAGAGAUGGGCUCGAGUCACCGCAGCGAUUUAGAGGAGCGGCAGCUUCGUGCGAUGCUUCCUGUGCUGGAGAUCUUGUCUUGCCACCCGCGACCCGAAGCUGCAGGACUUGCGAGCGAGGCACGUGCACGAUGUCUGAGUCGUAGCGCGGUGAAAGCUAGUGACACAAGCACAGCCAAGACAAGUACACAGAGUUUUGAAGAACUGCUUGAAAAAGCUGAACAAGAUCUUUCAAGUGAGCUGGUACCGCUGCGUGCACGUGGAAUCGUGACCCUGACAAAACUUGUGCGCCAAAGCCAUUUACAUCCGCGCGAUCCAGAGUGGACCACUCGGGUACAUGUUUUAGCUCGCAUCUUCUUGGCCCAUUUGCAUGAUACAGAAAGUUACGUGUUUCUUGCAGCUGUGCAGGCUCUGGCAGCACUAUCCGAUGCGAAUCCCGACGUUGCUAUUCCUGAACUGGUAAAAGCACUGAGAGAUGUCAAUGAGUCAUUAGAAGCUCGCAUAAAGCUCAGUGAAGCUUUGCUGUUUGCAGCAAAGCGAUGUGGCGAGACUCUGGUCAAGUAUGGCAAGCUAUUUGUGUACGCAUACUUGGAUUGCAUCCGCCUUUUGCCGUCCCAGAGAAAGCGAGUGAAGCAUGUACAAGAAGAGGCUAGCAUGCGCAUGCAACUUGUUCAAGAGAUUCAGAUUGGCAAGGAAAAAAAUUUAGUGGAAAAGAACGCUGAACAUUUCGACAGCGAGCCUGAGAACGAACAGGAGCUUCUUGCAGCCGCUACUCUGCGGGCAAGCUGUUUGUCAAAUUUGGCUGAAGUGUGCGUACUACUGCAGUGGGGACUGCAGCCGUACCUGUUGGAUGUGCUCACAUGUGUAUUCGGCGUUCUUCAGCUGGAGCUCGAGCUUGAGCAUAACGCUAAGCGUCGACCAAUGUCUAUCGAUAAUGAUGCCGCGGUGGACAACGAUCAGUCAAAACUGCAGAGACACCAAGAGGAAGAGUGGCAGCAGCGUGUCGUAGCAGUGCGACGAGGAGCAGUGUUUGUGCUGCGGUAUCUCGUUGAACUGCUUGGCUGGAAGAUUUUGGAACUCAUGCCGGAUCAGUUGUUGCCGCUGUAUCGUACGCUCAAGCACGUGGCGCGUGUUGAUCGCGAUGAUGUUGUAGUUUUCCAUGCCAAUCGAGCACUGACUGCGCUCGACGAUGUCAUGCGAGCCGAACUGUUUCCAAGUGUGGAUCAGCACGACGCGGCUUUUCGUAUCUCGAGCCUACGCAUUUCGUAG